UGAGAGGGUGCUGGUUGGGGACAGUCCAUAAAGCAGUGACGAUAUUUUAAAAGGAAGUAAAAGUGAUCACAGCAGUCAGGGAGGACACAGGAAGUUUCUUUGGGCUGUUUUGCAAGUUCACCCUCUGUUUCUGCAAAAAAGGAAGGACUCCACUUUAUAAGCUGCCAGCUGAAACAGGAAUGUCAAAGGCUACGGUUGACACUGAUAAGAUGGGGGACAAUAAAGGGAAAGUGCCUGUUGUGGAGGAGAUAAAGGUGAAAGUGCUUUGUGAAACUGAAGCAUCACUUGGGCCUGAUGACAAAGCUGAUUAUCCUCCUGCUGGGACAAACUCAAUCUACUCUGCUAUUCUGAGCAGAAAUGAGGCUGUCAAAGAUGCCAAGCGUCUUAAGACUUUUUUGGAGCUACGAGACAAAUACGUAAAGAAGAAUAUUUUGUUUGAGGACCCUCUGUUUCCGGCAGAUGACUCCUCACUCUUCUACAGCCACAAACCUUCAAUGAAGUUUGAGUGGAAACGUCCCUCUGAAAUUUGUGAAAACCCCAAGUUCAUCAUAGAUGGAGCCAACAGGACAGACAUCUGUCAAGGAGAAUUGGGUGACUGCUGGCUGCUGGCUGCCAUCGCCUGUCUGACGCUGAAUGAGAAGUUGCUUUACAGAGUGAUUCCCCCGGAUCAGAGCUUCACUGAGAACUACGCUGGCAUCUUCCAUUUCCAGUUCUGGCGUUACGGCGAAUGGAUCGAUGUGGUUGUGGACGACCGCAUCCCCACCUGCAAAAACCAGCUGGUGUUCACCAAAUCUUUCAGACAGAACGAGUUCUGGAGCGCUCUUCUGGAAAAAGCGUAUGCAAAGGUGCACGGGUCUUACGAGGCACUGAAAGGGGGGAACACAUUGGAAGCCAUGGAGGAUUUCACAGGUGGAGUUACGGAGUUCUUCGAGUUGCCCGAGGCGCCCAAAGAGCUCUACAAGAUCAUGAGGAAGGCGCUGGAGAGAGGCUCGCUGAUGGGCUGCUCCAUAGAUGUUGUUUCAGCCAGUGAAAUGGAGACCCGGACUGAUCAGGGGCUGGUCAAAGGUCAUGCUUACUCCAUCACAGGCCUGGAGGAGUGUUGUCUCCAGUGUGAUGAGGUUGGAAAGGACACCAGAAUUCGUCUGAUUCGUUUGCGCAAUCCCUGGGGUUGGGUGCUGUGGAAGGGACCGUGGUGUGCAAAUUCUAAGGAAUGGUCGACUAUUUCCAAAGGAGACAAGGAGAACCUGACAAAACAGACCAUGGAGGCGAGUGAGUUCUGGAUGUGUUUUGAUGAUUUCAAGAGGAACUACACUAAGCUGGAGAUGUGUAAUCUGACCCCUGACACACUCCAGGGUGAUGAAAGACAAAGCUGGACAGUGUCGAUUAAUCAGGGUCGCUGGGUGAGAGGCAGCUCUGCUGGCGGCUGCAGGAACUUCCCAGACACAUUUUGGACGAACCCCCAGUAUCGGAUGCAGCUGUAUGAGGAGGAUGAUGACCCAGAGGACGAACAGGUGGCCUGCACCGUUGUCGUGGCUCUGAUGCAGAAAGGUCGAAGGAUGCAACGCUAUCAAGGGGCCAAGUUCCUCACCAUCGGGUUUUCCAUCUACGAGGUUCCAAAGGAGAUGCGUGGACAGAAUGAGCACCUGCAGAAGGACUUCUUCCUGUACACGGCCUCCAAAGCUAAAUGCAAGACCUACAUUAAUCUGCGAGAGGUAACAGCGCGUUUCCGCCUGCCCCCGGGAGAGUACGUCAUCAUCCCCACGACCUUCCAACCCCAUCAAGAUGGAGAGUUUAUCCUCAGGGUCUUCUCUGAGAAGCAGAGCACGUCUGAGGAAGCGGAGGGAAGCGGGAACAACAUCGGCUCUGGCCAAAUGCAGCAAGACAAGAUAAAGAAAGGAAAGCCUAUUGUAUUUGUGUCAGACAGAGCACGUGCCAACAAGGAAAUUGAGCAUGACGGCAUUCUGGGGGAAAAGAAGAAGAAACCCAAGCGAAAACUGCUCCAACCUGAAGAAGAGACUGAGGAGGAAAAACAGUUCAGGGCCAUUUAUGAACAGAUUGCUGGUGAGGAUAUGCAGAUCUGUGCCAACGAACUCAAGACGGUUAUGAAGAAUGUGCUUGCCAAACAUAGUGAAAUAAAGACCACAGAAGGGUUCAGCCUUGAGACGUGUCGGAGUAUGAUCGCCUUGAUGGAUACUGAUGGGACAGGAAAGCUGAACCUGCAGGAGUUCAAGCACCUGUGGAAAAAGAUCAAGGAGUGGCAGCUGAUCUUCAAGCGUUAUGAUAAAGACAAAUCCUCCUCCAUCAGUAGUUUUGAGAUGAGGAACGCUGUUAAUGAUGCAGGGUUUCACCUCAGAAAACAGCUAUAUGACAUCUUAGCGAUGCGCUACGCCGACGAACACCUCAAUAUCGACUUUGACAGUUACAUCUGCUGUUUUGUGCGGCUAGAGGGCAUGUUCAGGGCUUUCAAUGCCUUUGACAAAGACGGAGAUGGGAUCAUCAAACUGAACGUGCUAGAGUGGCUUCAGCUGACCAUGUACUCUUAGGUCGCCUUCGUGACCCCUGAUGUUGCUGCAGACAGUCGCUGCUCGAGUCCAUGACACCGACCUUAACUCUCCUGGACAGUUACUUAAUUUUUCUUAAGCAUUGCUGAACAAAAUGUAUUUUUGCACAGGUUGUGAUUACAACAAAGUCUUUGACGUCAACAUCAUUCAAUCCAAUGAUGUGAACAUGUUCUCUUCCAAGUGUGGAGUUUGCCUUUGUUGCCAAAGUUAGUUAAUAUGUUGUAAACAAUAUGCGGUUGGCAUUGCAAAGCUACAACUAUCAGCGCUAAAACAAAGACAUGUCUGAAUGUGAGCACUCAGUGAAUGAGCAUUUUGUUUGACACGUCUUUACAGAAAUACUUAAUAUAUAUUGUUUUUUAAAUAUGUUGGAGGUGAACACUGAAAAUGACAUUUGUCUUUUUAUUGCUGUACACA